AUUGCUUCCAAUGUGGGGUAUAUAAGCAUCCUGCCACCAUAGAUCCAGGUAGAUCAUCCUCACGCAUCACACAGAAAGCGUGGUUCAUCUGAAGAAGAAGCAUUUUACCUAGUUGUUUCUCCUAUCCAUUUCGUAAAUAUAUAUUUAUAUUAUAAUGAAGGCCUUUCUUUGCGUGUUAGCGACUGUAUCUCUGGUGUUGGCGGAACCUCCGGUACCAAGCAGUCAAUAUCUUCCGGGAAAUCAAGGACCUUCAAAUCAAUAUGGAGCACCUCCAUCUAGCUCGUAUGGUGCACCAGCUAGUGGAUUUGGUGGAGGAAUUGGGGGUGGUUUAGGUGGUGGAGUUGGAGGAACUAAACCUGGUAUUCAAUACGGAGCACCUAAACCACAAUAUGGAGCACCAAGUGGAGGAGCUGGUGGAUAUUCCGGUGGCGGAGGAUACGAUGAUCAAUCUGAACCAGCAAACUACCAUUUCAAAUACGAUGUUCAAGAUGCCGAAUCAGGAAAUGAUUUCGGACACGAAGAAGAACGUCAAGGAGAUGACGCCAAAGGAAAAUACUACGUUCUUUUGCCAGAUGGCAGACGUCAAGUUGUUGAAUACACCGCCGAUUUGAGUGGGUAUCAUCCUAAAGUAUCCUACGAACAAGUUGGAGGUGGAUAUCCUGGUGGAGGAUCCGGUGGAUACCCAUCUGGACGUGGUGGUGGUAACGGCGGUUACCAAUAUUAGAUACUUAGAAUAUUUUUAGGAAUUAAUUCGUCCGAUCUCUUGCACUCGCGUUCCGAUCAUUAAAUCCCGUCUCACUUGCCCUAUAUAUUGAUUUAAUUCCGGAGGUCGGAAUAUUUUCAGCUCACGUUGUUAAGAGGGCAACACGUACAUAGCUUUAUUUAGUUUAUAAGCGAUGAUCUUUAUUUUCCUUUUUAAACCUUCUUUAUGUUUUUUUUCCUUUUCCUUUAUACCGAUUUGGACACGACUUUGGAUUGCGAUUAAUAUACUCGAAAUCAAUUAAGAUAUUUAACCGAUAAGAAAUAACAUUGAAGAAAGACAAGAAGUAGUUGAUUUCGUGUAUUGAAUUAUUUAUUUUUGCCAUAUUUAUGCGAAAGUAGCGCUUAAGAGAGAUAAAUAUUUUUUUGAGAAAUACAUCUGUACCUCUACAUGUAUAUUUUUAUAAAUAAAUGAUGCAUUUGAAA